AUGAUUCUCCUGACUGUCAUCCUACUGGUAUCCGGGUAUAACAUACUUCCAAUUGACUUUGGUGGAUUACCUCUAGACUUAGCCGAGGAUUCAACCAAAUUGCGCACUGAUGCCUGGCUGUUCGCACUUGAAGAUAAAGAAAUAAGCCCAUUGAGCGGAGGCCAACUGGAGCGAGGGGUACAAUAUCAAAUUAUGCAGCUCAUCUAUGAAGGUGAUAAUGUAUUCUCGAAAGAAAGUCUCAAGACUAUAAAAUAUAAUGAAGAAAAGUUAUUUAACAAAACGGAUUAUCAAAAUAAGCUCUGCCAGUUGAUCCAAACGAGACCAGGUGAAAAUCGCACUUGCAAAGCACCAUUGUCAAUACUCAGAUUCUUUGAUGGAACCUAUAGUGGUAUAAGCCCAGCUUUCAACGAUCCACACUUUGACAACAUCAGUGGGGUGUUGUACGCGGCAAAAAUGAAUAAUUUAAGUAAAGCUAUACUUAAUUAUCAUUUAGGUGAGUACUUCUCGUCGUUUGUCAUGACUAAAAUACGCCAAGCCUCUCCCUUGACGAGUAAAAUUGUUUGAUCUUAAACAAUAAAAUAAUAAUGUAGGGCGCGGUGUAGCUUAGUGGGUUAAUUUCGGUCGUCACCCUGUACAUUUAUUCAUAGUUUAUUAAUAUUGUGUAUUUAUUUGUUAUUAUGCAGGGAAAGACGCAAAGAUUACCAAAACAAAAGCAUUCUCCCCUUAUACAAGAAGUAUCAUAUAUACUGGCUGGCCGUACGUUGGAUACACGAGCACUGAAGACCGCAAAGAAGACCAGUCUGAAAAAAUCAAUAAGAUAAUAGCGGACACAUAUGUGGAGACUUUCGAGGAAAUGUACAAAGAUGGAAUUGGGGAAUUAAAAUUUUACUACAAUAGUCAAGCAAUGUUUGCGGAUGCUAUAACCAGACAAGUUAUUUUGGACAUGAUGUUGGCUGUUGCGAGUUUUUUAUUUAUAUUUCUUUUCAUGUGGCUCCAAACAGGAUCCUUAUGGAUCACCGCCUGGGCUAUUUUUAGCGUUUUAUCCAGUUUCAAUAUAACCAACUUGAUAUACAGGAUUGUUUUUGAUUACAGAUACAUUGGGAUUUUUCAUGUUCUAUCCAUCUUCAUAAUCUUAGGCAUUGGUGCUGAUGAUAUAUUUGUUUUUAUGGACACAUGGAAGCAAUCUCAAGGCAAGAAGUAUAAGAGUCUCGCUCAUCGUUUAUCUGAUGUUUACCGCCAUGCUGCAAAAUCGAUGUUUAUCACAUCAUUUACUACUAUAGUGGCUUUCCUUUCCAAUGUUUCGUCGCCUUUGUUGGCUAUCUCAUCAUUUGGUAUCUUUUCAGCUACUUUGGUCACUGUGAAUUACCUAUCAGUCAUUCUCUUCUUUCCAACCGUAGUAAUAACACACCACCUCAGUCGUAAAGGACAAUGUUGCUGUUGUACACUUUGUUGUUGCAAAAGUUCGUCUAUGGCAAACAUUCCCACAGAAAGCAAAGAAAAUUUAGAAACGGACAAUUCAUCAAGGGAGAAGAAGACGUUUUCGGAACGCAUUAUUGACUUCUUUGGAGGUUGGUUUUUCAGAAAUAUCAUUGCUCAUAAAAUUGUUCGUUGGGUUAUUCUUGUGAUAUUUUUGGUAUUUAUUGGUGUGUCAAUUGGGUUUGCUACUCAACUCGAACCAGCUAAAGAACAGGUGAGUUUACAGAGAAAUCGUAGUGAAUUAGUUUUUGCAUUAACUAUUAAUUAUUAAUAAGUAACUUAUCAGUGCAAAGUAUUAGAUACGAGCGAACUUCUAGUCUUCUAUUAAUGGAAAGAGCAGAUUAAUAGGAAAAUUGACCAACGAUUGUGUACAAUACCAAUGGGCAUUUACCUACCGCCGUGACUAUGCAUGUGGUCGCUUUUGAAUGCCCCGCAGUAAGAAAAUGCACAUCAUUUGAAGUGUAUUGGGAUAAUGUCCACGCUUCGUUGGUGCAGUCGUCAGAGCAAGCGCCUAGCUUUCACCUCUGAGAUCGUUGGUUCGAUUCUCGCUAUACGGAGUACAGAUUCAUGUGAAAAGAGUCUGUGUGAAUGACAGAAUGUGAGGGACAAAUGUGUUGUAACUUGUGAACAACUGCGUUGUACAAUUUAUUGACAAGCUUACUGCAAGCCCGUUGCUACUGAAGUGAGGACAAGGCUGGGCCUCUUUUAAUAAUUUGUCAGUGGAGGGGCCAUCAAGAGAAAGGGACUCAACUAGGAGGUGGUGAACGGGAAAAGGGGGAACUUGUCUGGCCCAGAAUAAUUUUGUGCUUGGGGCUUGAUUUUCGGCAUUUUUAGACGCAAUUUUUUAUUUACAUAUUUCAUCUGCUAAACAAAGAUUUGGUCAUGGGAAUACUAAAAUAUUCUUCUUAACUAAGUUAUUCUUCCCUUUUUUGCUUAUAUUUUAGACAGAAGGGACCUUCACUGGUAACCGACAUAGUUCACUGGAGGGGCCAAAACAGGGGGGAGGCAAGUCCCCCCAAUCUAUGGUAUAAAAGAGGGCCUGACCCAAGGGAAUUAUGUACUGUAAUUAUUUUUUUUAGACCAAGAUCUGGGGCCCUGAUACAAAUUGGGGAAAAGUUGAUGAUUUAAAUCAAAAUGCUUUUGUGAAAAGUCAAGAAGACUUUGUGGUUGUUGUGACUAUAAUUUGGGGAUUGAAGGAACAGGAUCGUGGAGAAUGUCAUCAUACUGAUUACAAAUGUAAAGGAAAAACUGUUUUUGAUAGGAGCUUUGAUAUGAACCCACCGCCUUGCCAGACAGCUAUGUUGGUAAGUCAUUAUUCUGUUGCUCUUUGUGGUUCUCAGAAAAGACCAGAAAAUUCUUGAGGCCAUUUCUUAUUUAUACAAAUAUCAAUUGGAGAUCAGCGAGAAACCAAUAUUCAGGUCAUGCCUGCCUUGCAUUUAGGAUUUGAAUUAGUAGGGCUCCUGGAUACCAGUGAAAUUGUCAUUAUUAUAUAUAGGCGAAGGAAAUAAUGAAAUUAAUCUAAUGCCAUAUUAUUGUGGUUAUAUGCGAGUUUCCUAAACUGAUAAUUAUAUAUACAAUUAAUUAUAUUUAUUAUAUAAAGUAUAGUGCUUUAUAGAGAUUUCGAGCACUGAUAAAAGAUAAUCUCACAUGUGAAAAUUAUCGCUUUUCAAUUAUUGCUUUUCUGUAAAAAUUAAAGACUGUCCUUUUCAAAGACUGUCCUUUAUAUAAUAAACAGAAAAAUACAUGGGUGCUUGGAAAUACCAGAUUUAUUUCUCGUGUUGAACAUGAUAUCUCACUCGUUCGCUGCGCUCACUCGUGAGAUAUCAUAUUCAACACUCGAAAUAAAUGUGGUAUUUUCGCGCACCCAUUGGGUAUUAGGCUAUUCUCUAUUUAUUUUCUAUAAAAUAUAUGCAUUUUAAAUUAUGACUAUAUUGCUAUUUAAAUUUACCGUUGAAGGAUUUUUGUAAAAAUCUCAAGACUUUACCUGAGAAUAAGAUAAACAGCUUAAAGCUGCGACGAAGUGAAGUAACUGGUGAAAUAGAGACAGAAUGUUUCUUGGAAAGAAUGGACGAGUACUUGGAAGUAAGUUUGAUUUAUGUUAAUAUUAUACCUCAAAUUCAAAUUGUCCAAUCAAAAACAGCAUUUGUACCACGUGACAAUGGGAUUUUUUACGGCAUUGCACUCAAAUUCAUGAUUUCGCAAUGCAGCGUGAGAUACUAUAAUAUACCACGGUAAAUCCACCGUGGGAUAUUAUAGUAUCUCACGCGUGACGCGUGGACACCGCGCUCUGAAACAAUAUGGCGUUCGCGAGCUGUUGUUUGUAAUUUUAUACAGAAGAUUUAUUGAUUUAAGUUAACCAAAGAUUUUCAAGACGUAUGUUACCUUCAAUGAUCCAAAGUAUACAUGCUCAAAUAUUUUAAUGAGAAAACGUCAAAAACUCAGGCAUAUAUAAGAAAUUAAAUUUUAUUCUGAACUUGGUGGGUUCUUUUAAUACUUUAACUUUCGGUAUAAUGUAUCAUUUAUAGACCCGGAACGAGGGAGAUUCGUCGAAAUGUUACCCUCAGUGAUUUUAUUUCCCUCGGGGCUAAAUAUCAUCACUUCGGGUAAUAUUCCGCCGAAUCCCCCUCGCUCCGGGUCUAUAAAUGAUAAGGAUUCCCUGCAAGCGCGUUAUGCGCUCAUUGUGAGCUGACAUUAACAGGGAUAUCUGUCUGUGUCGAUAACUCAAACACCUUCAAGUUGCUAAAACAAUUAAAGUCUUUCUCACAAUUUAGUUGAUCAUAUUAGGGAAAUAAUUAUAAUUUGUUUUCGCAAAUGCUGUUGCUUUGUGGCUAUACCACGCAUAUUUAUUUGUCAAAGCUAGCAUCCGGAUCCGUAAGUCCGGAUUGUCGAGCCACGGUCGAGCGGAUUGUCAUCACUCAGUGCAAUAACAGUAACCACAAGGCCGCGAUAACUGGCGAUCUAUAUAAAUAGCUAAAAUCGGCAGUCAUUCUAGAAAUAAUGGUUUUUCUCUUAUGGCCUUUCGCAUUUAAGGAUGAAGGAAAGAGUGCCAGGUAUCCAAAUGGAUCAGACUUCUCAUUGGUGAUCAAUAGCAACAAAAUGAGGAAGUUAAUGACAUAUAACCCACAGCUUUAUAAUGUCUCAUUACUACCUGAAACCUACUACAGAUACUUCGAAAUCGGAAUUGGUUUCUUCUUAACAAAUGGCGGUAGCAGACGAUACGCCGAAACUUACGACUUUAAGAAAUAUGGUGAUUUAAUUGGUGGAGCAGCUGAUCCUACAUUACAGCAAAAUGCGUCCAGAAACCAAAAUUUUCAAGGUACGUAAAGGAGGAGUAAUUCAGGGAACAAGACACUUUGAUUUUUGAUGAGCAUGCAUGCACUCUUGGAUUUGUUUUACUUUAUUUCAUUUUUGUCCUCAACCGGCUAAUUAAUAAGGGACACCGACACCGGAUUUUCAGUUGAUCUGGUUAGAAAUAUCCCUUGAAAUAAUAAUGGAAGCCAUUGUAAAGUCUUAAAGCUGGAUUUCCACUUGCAAGAAAAAUUUCGCAGUUGAAAUUUUUGCUGUCGAAAUUUUUCGCCCCAUUUCUUUUGAAAUUGUGAAUUUUAAAGUGAGCGGUCAAGUAGAACUGAUUAGUCGGAUGUUACAAUUCAAGCGAAAUCAAGCGAAAUAUGUCAACGACGAAAUAUUCUCUCACAGAAAUGUUGCUUUGGUUCGCCAGCCUUUCUCAGCAUUAGCCUGCCGAGAACGCUAAAGAUUCAGUAUAUUAUUACAAACACCGCGACAGGUUUCGACACUAGCAUUACAAAAGUAAAUUGAGCAAACGUUUACCGUCCUUGCAGAGUCAGAAGUGGUAUGAAAUUAUUAGUUAGCAGUCCUUGAGAUAUUAGAGAGGUUCAGAUUUGACCUCGGAUACAUCCAUAGAUAUCUUAUAUACACUAGAUAGCGCAUCUCUUUCAGUAAAAUUGAAGCCAAGAAUAUUCCAGCGGUUACCCCCAUUUGAAUAGAUGGCGGCCAUGUUGGUGUUUCUCACUCGCUAUUAGACGCUUAAAAAACAACAAUAACUUUCAUCAUUUGAAUAGUUUAAAAAUGUAUUUGGUAUAGGUUUACCUUAAUAUUUAAGUUGGAUACAUCAAACACAUGGUCCCUAAAUCGUAGUGGAAGUCAAAUCUGUACCUCACUAAUCUUUAACUGCUCGUCAUUAAAAACCAGAAAACGUCGUCGCAUGCCUGGUAGAAAAGUAUUAGAUUUAGUUUUAAAAUCUUUUUAGGAAAUAAAUACGGUCAUCGUGUUGCCUAUGUGGGUAUUUCAAUAAAUACAACUUUGAAUCCAGUUGCAUUGGGCUAUCAGGAGGGCCUACCAAUUUACAGAGAGUGGGAAAAAUUUGUUUCUGACCAGGUAAAAUGUAUAUAGCUGACUUUUAUUGUGCAGAAAGACUUCAUUUAUUUCUAUGUAAAAGCUUUAUAUUCGCUCCAUCUAAGGGAGUGGUCAUUAUUUAUG